AUGACGCCGGACGAGCAGGCCAUCGUGCUUGAAAUUGCGCAGGACCCGUCGAUGCUAGCAUUUCACGAAGACGACGCGGCCGUCUGCGAGCUUCUUCGCAGCAUCUGCAGACUGGUCGAUGACGUCAUUGCUUCGGCGUCCGAGCCCGUGCGCGUCGAGUCCGAGACAACCCCGUUGGAAGCGCCAUUGACUGCUGCGAUGCCAACCGCCACAAGCCCGCCAGGGACUGAGCCGCUGCUCGCAGUAGCUACGCCCGCAGGUGUGACCGAGACGAACGAUGCAGUGCCGGUUGUGGAACUCAAGCGCAUCAAGUUUACGCAGAAACUCAUGAAGCGUGUCAUGAACGAUGACGAGCUCAUGGGCCUCAUGGCCGAGCCCGUCGUGACCGAGUUCUUUGAAGAGUUUUCCGAGGACAUGUCCAAGACACCAACGAUCACGUUUGCUGGGCACGAGACGGCGGUCAUUGCCUUUUACAAGCGCCUCCUCCAACUCAGCGGUGUCCACUUUUGA